GAGGAGGCGCAGUUGACGCCCCGCACCCUGGCUGGUCGCGCAUGCGUAGUUUGGCGGGCGGAUCUGGUACCGUUUCCUCUAUCAGGGCCGCGUCUGAGGAGGAAUUGCACGGGGCCUCGCUGAUUAGCAGUACCGUCCAGCGGGAGCCUCACCCAACGUCUAUGGGCUGCGGGGCCAGGUCUCGUCGGAGUCCAGUCCAUCGCUUUGGAUUAACGCCUGGUCCAUUGUUCCCCAGCUCUGCCUUCCAGCCCUUAUAAUUAACCCAGUUCCUCAUCACAGAGGUAUCCUACUAUUUAACAGCCAGCCCUGUCCAUCAGCCCCCUGUCCCAUUCCCCUUACGUUACAAUUACAUUGUAACCUGCUUAUUUUAGUCAAUAUCCACAAAUAACAUCCUGUUUACUACCCCAGCCCUUUACCAAGUGCCUUUACUGUCAGUAUAGGCAAGCCCCUUCAUCUUCCCUUUUAACCCACCCUCGUCCAUCUCAUCUCCUGCAUAGGCCUCUUCUCGCAUACCCAUCCCCCAAAUCGGUUUUUCGAACACCCCUCCAAUCCACACCCUGCACCCUUUUAAUGGUUUUACAUUCAAUGGAAGACCCUGGAUGUAUGCACCUUCAGGUCUGAUGAUAAUCUGCAGCAUAACAUCACUCUGAGACACUUUUUCCAGACCCCCCUCCCAACAUGUCCGUGAUGCAGAGUGUUUGGCAGACUGGCACAGAAUGCAUUGCUAAUUAUGACUUCCAUGGGAAAACUGACCAGGACCUUCCAUUUACUAAAGGAGAGGUUCUAACCAUCGUUGCGGUGACUAAGGACACCAACUGGUACAGAGCAAAAAACAAAGAUGGACAUGUUGGUUUUAUCCCUGCCAACUAUGUACAGAAGAGAGAAGGUGUGAAGUGUGGAACCAAGCUGAGCCUAAUGCCAUGGUUUCAUGGGAAGAUAACCAGGGAGCAGGCUGAGCGGCUCUUGUACCCCCCAGAGACAGGCUUGUUCCUUGUGCGGGAAAGUACCAACUAUCCUGGAGACUAUACGCUCUGUGUGAGCUGCGAGGGCAAAGUGGAACAUUACCGCAUCAUCUACUCCUCCGGAAAGCUGACCAUCGAUGAAGAGGCAUACUUUGAUAACCUAAUGCAGUUGGUGGAGCACUACACUAACGAUGCCGAUGGACUAUGUACUAGGCUGAUGAAGCCGAAGCUGAUGGAGGGGACCGUGGCUGCUCAAGAUGAGUUCUCUCGGAGUGGAUGGGCCCUGAAGAUGAAAGACCUGAAACUUCUGCAGAUUAUAGGAAAAGGCGAAUUUGGAGAUGUCAUGCUUGGUGAGCAUGGAGGAACGAAGGUUGCCGUAAAAUGCAUCAAGAAUGACGCAACAGCGCAGGCAUUUGUAGCGGAGGCACUGGUUAUGACGCAACUACAGCAUAAGAAUCUGGUUCGGUUGUUGGGUGUAAUUGUUGAAGACAAGAGCAGCUUGUUCAUCGUCACAGAAUUUAUGGCGAAGGGCAGUUUAGUGGAUUAUUUGCGAUCUCGAGGAAGAUCAGUGCUGGGGGGUGAAUGUCUACUCAAAUUCUCUCUGGAUGUGUCAGAAGGUAUGGAAUAUUUGGAAGCCAAUAACUUUGUUCACAGAGAUCUAGCUGCACGCAACGUAUUGGUUUCUGAUGAUAAUGUAGCCAAGGUUAGCGAUUUUGGCCUCACCAAGGAGGCGUCUGCCAUACAAGACACUAGCAAGCUGCCGGUGAAAUGGACAGCCCCUGAGGCCUUGCGAGAGAAGAAUUUUUCCACAAAGUCUGACGUGUGGAGUUUUGGGAUCCUGCUCUGGGAAAUCUACUCCUUUGGGCGAGUGCCUUAUCCACGCAUUGCCCUUAAAGACGUGGUGCCCAAGGUAGAAAAGGGAUACAAGAUGGAUGCCCCAGACGGUUGUUCUCCAGUUGUGUAUGAUUUGAUGAAACAGUGCUGGCACCUGGACCCAAACCAGAGACCAUCCUUCAGAAAGCUACGUGAGCAGCUAGAGCAUAUCAAAGGAGUUGUUUCAGUGAAGCAGAUAUAAGGCUAAAAGAAGUCUGCUUUCACUGUGGAGCAAGAAGAGAGACUUAGCCAUAUCAAGAAUGUGGAAACAGACACCAACAGGGCAAAUGUGUGUACAGUAUACAUACUGGGCACCCUGGAAACCCCCUGCCUUCUACUACCUGCCACCCUCGUGCCCAGAAAGACUGAACUAUCCUGCUAGUCUGUAGAAGGAUGCCGACGAGUCCUUAAAUGGUUUUGCUGCCAAAUUUUUAUGUUUCUCCUCUUUUUUGCCACCUCUUGUACGUUGUACAAAAAACGGUUAACAUUAGGCAUGGAGGCGAUAUUGAUACGUUGAAAAGAGAAGGUGGUCUCUGGGCUGCCUUUGCGACUAUAGGUGGCCUAACAAGAAAGCCUUUGUUCUUGUGUUGUCAUUAAUACAGAAAAAGAAAGCAUGUUACAGAGCAGGCA